CCCUUUUCCCACUUCAUAUAUUUUUUAUUCAUUUCGUCAUUUUCCAACCAUUUCUCUUUCUUCUAGAUAGAGAGAGGGAGAGGAAGGAGAGGAAGCAGAGACAGAGAAAGGAGAAAAAAGAGUAAGAGGGGAGGAGAAAGAAAGAGAAGAAGAAGAAGAACCCUUCUCUUAUUCAUCUUUGCUUAGAUCUUGGCCGUCCAAUCCCAUCCCUUCGACCAUCACCACCACACAAUGAACGAUCUCUUCUCAGGCUCCUUCUCCCGAUACAGGGACAGGGACGACAACCAGCCCGGCAAUGGCAACGUGCAGAUGUCGACAACCGGCGUGAAUCUAGACAAGUUCUUCGACGACGUUGAAGGCAUAAAAGAAGAACUGAAAGAGAUAGAGAAGCUCCACAGCCACCUCCAAGAUGCCAACGAAUCAAGCAAAACCCUCCACAACGCCAACGCCAUCAAACAGCUCCGCUCUCGAAUGGAUUCCGACAUCUCCCAAUCCCUCAAACGUGCCAAACUCAUCAAACUCAAGCUCGAAGCCCUCGAUCGCGCCAACGCCGCUAACCGCUCCCUUCCCGGCUGUGGUCCCGGCAGCUCCACCGAUCGAACACGCACCUCAAUCGUCUCCGGCCUCCGAAAAAAACUCACCGACACGAUGCACAAAUUCACGUUGCUAAGAGAUGCUAUCGCAUCUGAUUACAAAGAAACCAUCGAGCGUCGGUAUUACACUGUAACGGGCGAGCAUCCAGAUGAUCAGACAGUCGAUGUUCUGAUAUCAACUGGCCAGAGCGAGACCUUCCUCCAGAAGGCUAUACAGGAACAAGGGCGAGGUCAGGUCAUGGAUACCAUCGUUGAGAUACAGGAACGCCAUGACGCCGUGAAGGAGAUGGAGAAGAGCUUAUUGGAAUUGCAUCAGGUGUUCCUCGACAUGUCGGUGCUGGUUGAGGCUCAAGGCGAGCAGCUCGAUGACAUCGAGAGCCAGGUCGCCCGUGCCAAUUCAUUCGUCCGUGGUGGGACCCAACAACUCCAUACAGCCAGGAAGCAUCAGAAGAACACCAGGAAAUGGACUUGCAUCGCCAUCGUCAUUCUCCUUAUCAUCAUCCUCAUUAUCGUCCUCCCAAUCGUCCUCCGCAAUCGCAACAAUGGCGGCAGCAGCAAUGGCAGCAACAAUGGCGGCACCAAUGGCACCAAUAGCAACAAUGGAAAUUAGUCCUAGUAAGAUUAGAGGACUUCGUUACGGUUACAUACUUGAGAAUUUUCCAUUUUAUGUAGAUUUUAGAGCUUUUUUUUUUUUUUUUUUCGAAUUGGGGUUUUUUUUUUUUUUAAUAUUCUAUUCUCUUCUUUUUCUUUUCUUUUUUUGUUUUUUUAAUUUCUUUUUUGGGUUUGUAUGAAUUUGUUUCCUUUUGUUUUACAUGGAAUCAUCUUUAUUGUAAUGGUGAAGAAAAAUGAGUUUUUGGGUGGA